CCGGAAGCGCCUCUCGCUCCAGCUGGUUGUCAUUUCUCUGUGUGCUCGGUCCUGACUAGAAGGACGGGGAGGAGCAGAGGAGACGGACACAGACCCAAGAAAGAACAUAUACACAGAGGGAUCGCCCUCUCCCCCUCCCCCGCUCCCGGACACCGACACAUAGACCCUUCUCCCCUUUCCCUCACCCCCGUAUCCUGUCACCGAAUUGUUGUCCUCAGCAACCCCUGACACACGGCUAAGUCGGUACAGCUCAUCCCUGACACACACUGGGCUGUCACUGGGGCUGGAAUGACACUGUGAGGGGGAGCUGCUGCUGCGCCAGGGACACUGACGUUCUUCUAAUCCACUGAGGCAGCACCUACACACCACAAACAGCUGCUGUCACUGCAAGGCUGGCUUCAUGAGGGUGUCGAGAGGAAGACGAGGUAUAGCCAGCCGCAGCAACCAACGCCAGAUCUCGCUGAGCCCCCUUUUCUUCUGCUGUGUUACCUUAUAGCAAGAGGAAAAUAAAAAAAAUCAAGAGCCUCCUCUUCCAUGACAGAAAAAAUCCUCAUUGAUCUGUGAGCUGCACUUCAUGGAUUGAAGCCGGAGGGUGGUGGUGAGGCAUAAGGCAGCCCAGGCACAACCCAGUUUCUAGAAACCAAAGAUAUUUUGGUCUAUUCCACCCUUCCCUUUUCUGAAAGAAGCCACAACGUUAAUCUGUGGCAAAUGUCUGAAAAGGAUUAUUGUUAGAACAGGCAGAUUUUUUUUUUUUAUUACCGUUUAAUUUCGGGGACAGUCAGAUCCGGAGACGCUCGAAGGUUAAGCACAAUUUGGCCUCCAGGAAAACCAACAAAAAAAAUAAAUCAAAAUUGUAUUUUUGCGUUUUUUAAAUUUUGUUAUAAAUGGGGGAUUACGGGUUUGGAGUGCUGGUGCAAAACAACACUGGGAAUAAAUCGGCUUUUCCGGUCAGGUUUCAUCCACAUCUGCAGCCUCCUCACCACCAUCAGAAUGCUACCCCGAGCCCUGCCGCCUUUAUAAAUAACACAGUUGCCAACGGCAGUAAUGCUGGGUCAGCUUGGCUUUUUCCAGCUGCGGCCGCUCAUAACAUUCAGGAUGAGAUUCUGGGCUCGGAGAAAAACAAAUCGCAACAACAGGAACAGCAGGAGUCUUUAGAAAAACAGCAGCUUUCCCCCAGCCAAAGCCAGGAAGGAGGAAUUUUAGCUGACCCCGAGAAGGUGAAAUCGGAGGAAAAUCAAGGCGACGGCUCAUCUGAAAACGGCAAGGAGAAAAUCCGAAUUGAAUCUCCUGUAUUGACAGGGUUUGAUUACCAAGAAGCAUCGGGCCUUGGGUCUUCCAAUCAGACCCUGACGUCCUCUGCGUCCCCUCUCACUGGUUUCAGCAACUGGUCAGCUGCUAUUGCCCCAUCUUCUAACACUAUUAUUAAUGAAGAUGCAAGUUUCUUUCACCAGGGAGGGGUCACUGCUGCUUCAGCAAAUAAUGGUGCUUUGCUGUUCCAAAAUUUCCCUCACCACGUGAGCCCUAGUUUUGGGGGGAGCUUUUCUCCACAGAUUGGACCCAUGUCCCAACACCACCCCCAUCACCCCCAUUUUCAGCAUCACCACAACCAACAUCAACAGCAAAGGAGGUCUCCUGCGAGUCCACAUCCACCCCCAUUCCCCCAUAGAAAUGCUGCUUUUAACCAACUGCCCCAUUUGGCCAAUAAUCUCAAUAAGCCUCCCUCUCCAUGGAGCAGCUACCAAAGCCCAUCACCUACACCCUCUUCUUCAUGGAGCCCAGGUGGUAGUGGAUAUGGAGGUUGGAGUGGAUCCCAAGGUAGGGACCACCGUAGAGGACUCAAUGGAGGAAUAACACCUUUGAAUUCCAUCUCGCCUCUGAAGAAGAAUUUCGGGAAUAAUCACAUACAGUUGCAGAAGUACGCCAGGCCCAAUUCUGCCUUUGCACAAAAAUCUUGGAUGGAAGAAAGUUUGAACAGAGCCGACAACAUCUUCCCAUUUGCUGAACGCACUAGAACAUUCGACAUGCAUUCACUGGAAAGCUCCCUGAUUGACAUAAUGAGAGCAGAAAACGAUUCACUGAAAGCAAGGACAUAUGGGCGAAGGAGAGGCCAGUCCUCUCUAUUUCCAAUGGAAGAUGGCUUUUUGGAUGAUGGCCGAAGUGAUCAAACUUUGCACAGUGGUUUGGGGUCUCCUCACUGUUUUCCACACCAGAACGGCGAAAGAGUGGAACGAUAUUCCCGCAAAGUAUUUGUUGGUGGCCUACCACCUGACAUAGAUGAAGAUGAAAUCACUGCUAGUUUCCGUCGGUUUGGCCCUUUGAUUGUUGAUUGGCCACACAAAGCAGAAAGCAAAUCUUACUUUCCUCCCAAAGGCUAUGCAUUUCUACUGUUUCAAGACGAAAGUUCUGUGCAGGCUUUGAUUGAUGCUUGCAUUGAAGAGGAUAGUAAGCUCUAUCUCUGUGUGUCGAGCCCUACCAUUAAAGACAAGCCUGUUCAAAUCCGGCCCUGGAAUCUCAGCGACAGUGACUUUGUGAUGGAUGGCUCACAACCUCUUGACCCAAGGAAGACUAUCUUUGUUGGCGGUGUCCCCAGGCCUCUUCGAGCUGUGGAGUUGGCAAUGAUAAUGGAUCGCCUAUAUGGAGGAGUAUGCUAUGCUGGCAUAGACACAGACCCUGAGCUGAAAUACCCAAAAGGAGCAGGGCGUGUUGCCUUUUCUAAUCAACAGAGUUAUAUAGCUGCUAUCAGUGCCCGCUUUGUUCAGCUGCAGCAUGGAGAGAUCGAUAAGCGGGUGGAAGUGAAGCCAUAUGUCUUGGAUGACCAGUUGUGUGAUGAGUGUCAAGGGGCUCGUUGCAGUGGCAAGUUUGCUCCAUUCUUCUGUGCUAAUGUUACCUGUCUGCAGUAUUACUGUGAAUAUUGCUGGGCUGCUAUCCACUCCCGUGCAGGGCGGGAGUUCCAUAAGCCGCUGGUGAAGGAGGGAGGUGAUCGCCCAAGGCAUAUUUCAUUCCGUUGGAAUUGAGUGACCCAUAUACUUCACUUCCUUCCCAAGGAUCCAAAUAAGUGCACUCUUCUGUUCUCUUAAUCUCCCUCCCUCCUUCCAUCAUUAGGAAAGCAUGUCCUCUUGUUGUAGUCUGUAUUUUAACAAUAGUAUAACGAAAGAAUGACCUACACCAUAGGUAUUUUGUAGAGUCUUGUGUCAUUGAGAACUGUAUUGAAACUCCUUUGUUGUUCCUAACAAUAUCACUCUGAUGCAUGCCAGUUUCAUGCUGUCCUCAUUGAAAACCAAGGGAGCAGGGAGACUGCAACAAUUUUAAUUAAUAUUAUUAUUAAUGUAUUUUUUUAUUUUGUCAAAGAAAAGAGCUUAAAAUGGUUAAAAAAUAUAUUAAGCAAGGAAAAAAAGAAAACCAUAGUAUUUUUUUUAUUUUAAUUAAAUUAUUAUUAAAAUGUAAUGGAAAAAUACUAUUAAUGUAACCAUACAACUACAAUAACACUAUUUGGUCUGUUUGAGACAGCUUAUUUUUUACUUGGGGGAGAUUUUUUUUUUAUUUCCUAUUUAUUCAGGGGUUUUUUUUGUUUUUGUUUUUUAUUCUUUUUAACUUUUAUUGGAAAGUUAGCGUUGCCUGUUGUCAAAAGACCCACAAACAGCGUGUGUAAACAUAAAUAUAAACAGCAUUGUAAGUUCAAAUUUAUCUGAUUUUACAAGGUUAAAGUGACUUCAUCAUCCUAGACAUUUUUCACAAAUAUCCUAUUGUAAGGCACAAACAUAAAAUGGUGACGUUUGUUUCAUUAUGAAUCGGUUAUACCGUGAAGGAAAUGUUGUUCUUGAAGCCAUGUUUUGUUUGUGCAGAAGCCUACAGUUACAUACAGUUGACAGUGAAAUGCUUGUUGUUUCUGUGCUUAAAUUCCAUUGUCAGUCGUAGCUAACUGUACACUUCUAGAGAAUGGCAGUGUGGCUGCUGGGGAAAAAAGGCAAUUCCCAUUAGGCACAAUAGGGUGUCCCCCAACCUGUAUUACAAAAAGAGUGAGGUAUAACUAAAAUUUAUCAACUUUACUAACUCACUGCUCUUCCUUUAAAUUAUAAGAUAUGUUAAAGCUCCAGAGAAAGAUGGUGAUGCACUUUAAGCAAUGGCAGAUACCGUAAAUAUUAUCCAAGAUUUUUUAUUUUUUGUUAUAUAUUAUUAUGUUCUUGUUGGACAUUAAGUGAACUGGCUCAAUCUCCUUGGGGAUCUGAAAUAUUUUAACAGUAAACUGUUUGCAUUUAAGCUCGUAAAGAAUGUACACGUUGAGUGAAGUUACUACUGAGGGGAGUGCACUUAUUUAUUUUUUCACUGAAAUAAGAAAAAUAGAAAAAUGAAUACAACAAUGUCAGUUAUAAUCCAUAACGCCCCCCCCCCUCCAAAAAAAUAAAUAGCCUACCAAAGCUCAAAUAAGUAAAUACGUUCAGUUACAGAAGGCUGAAAUGUGCCCGAAAGAACAAAUGUAUAGAUUUUUAUUUUUGAUGACUAAUUUAUAUCUAUAAUCGGAACUUACUUAACUUUACAUCGGGUGCCAUCUUCUGUUCUCCAUUGUGUCACCAAACAUGUGGAAGAUACCUCAAAGAUGGCAUUAGAUGUUUUAUUGAGUUGGUUUACAAUUCUGGACUGUAAAAGGAGCCCAUUACUGUAUCAGUACUCCGUUUGCUGUCCUUAAGGGUCUGUCCCUAGAGUAGUUUUGGGUAAGUUCAGGUGGCUUGAGUCACCCACUGGAUUGUAAUAUCUUUUGAGUGCUACUGCCGUGUUUAUCUGUCGUGCUGAUCUCUCACUCUGUGGUAUUGGAGGACAGAUCUUGCCACUGGGUGAUUCAACACACAAGUACCCACCCAUUGCUUGAAUAUUAUUUUUGGAUAAACUGACCCUUUAAGGUACCCACACAUCCAGUCAAUCGUUUGCACAGUAUGAAUGAUUUCAUGCAACAAUCUGUAUGCAGUAAAGACGUUUGUAACACAUCUCAGAUGAGCAUGGCAACCUUGAUUUGUGAAGGUUGGAAAAUCUUAGCUUGGCCCCUGCUAAACAUGAAUAGGUAUGCCGGGUAUUACAGCUUAUCAGGUGAGGGUCUAAUUGUUACACCGGAAAUGAUCAGAAGCCCUUUUUCAUAGGUACCUUUUUAGAAUAGAGUGGCAGCACACAAUAGUUACCUGGUUAAAGCUUGCAGAUAUAAUAUAUGCCCCUUUGGCAGAUAAAGGGCUGGAGAAUGGCUUCCUUCAGCAUAAAGUCACUUUACACACCUGCAUUGUCUGUAUGUCUUGGGCAGUGUGGCAAAAUUGUAUAUAGGGGAGUGUCAUCUGUAUAAUGAGCAAGGAGGACAUUUGGGAACCAGUUCUGUACCGCAAUCUGUCAAUAUUCCUGAUUGCUUUGCACACAGUAGUUGAAUCUCAAUGCAAUAUUUCUAAAAUUUGCUUUAAUAAUCCCCUUGCAGCUUUGCUUUCCACAGGUGAGCAGCAAACUAUCUAGAACAGAAUUUGGCAAUGGAACUUCUAGUACCUAGUUUUCAAGCUUUUUGGCACUGAAGACUUUAAGCUGCUUAUACCACUGUAUAAUCUUUUGAUGCCUUAACCUUUAAAUAGCCAGAUGGCACGAGCAGUUGACCGUUUUGCCAGUAUCUAGAGAACAACCUUAAAGUAAGGUUUGGGUUAUAAGAUAAUAUAGUUGUUGGAUAUGAAAUUUUAGGGGGGUUUUUUUUCAGUUUUUUUUUUAUAUAUAUAUACAUUUUACUUUGUGUUCUAAAAAUAAAACCAAUUUAAUAGCAGCAGUCCGCCCAGAUUUUGUACUUGGGAUGAGUCCUAUCCUGCUGAUUCGUGCAGUGUGAUCUUCACCCCCUUCUAUCACAAAGUCUCAUGGGUUUUGGUGCAGUAAAAUAUUAGCCAAAUUUCUAUACUAUAAAUAAAAUGAAAAAUCCAAUAUGGCUUAUAAGAGCUUCUUGAAAUAAUUACUGCACGUAGGCAAAGAUGCCACCAGUGGUGACUUCCAGACAUCCUAAGUCUAUACAUUUUGGGUGAGCUGACCCUCUAAACAGUAUAACUACACUUUCCCUUAUUUCCAUUGAUUGUGCAAAGCUGUAAAUGUAAUGCACAUUAAUUUGCUGCUACCCACCACAAAAUUGUGGUUUCUAGCCUCUAAAGCCUUAAGCAAUGGACAAACUAAGGAAUAGAUGUAAGUAUAUUGCUAGCAUAACAACUAGGACCAGCAAGUAAGAUUUAUGAAAAUAAAAUAAGAUUCCAACUUCCUAAAUAACUCCUAGUCUAUGAUUUGACUAAAACCAGCCAUACACUGUUGGUUCAUUCAACUCACAGACUGAACAAGAGAACUCUUAUCAAUUCUCCCAUCCACACUAAACUGUAUGGAUAGAGGAAUGUCCCCUGACGACUAUUGCAUUCUAACAGCCAGCACCCACAGCUGUCGCAAUACUCAAAAAGUGGCUGCAUCUGAUUGGCCAACAAUUAUUCACAUGGCUUCUUUGAUUUUCAGAUCAAAGGAUGCUGUACAAGGGGGGGCUGAAAAGGCCACCCAUGGCUCCUAAUUUCAUACAGUUCAUUAGGAACUGGCCAAAAUUUGCUCUGUGUAUGGCAAGUUUGUAUUUUUUUUUGCCUAAACACACUGUAGUAAGCUUUUUUUUUUUUUUUUUUUUUUUUUUGUGGUCUUAAACCAAAAUUCAACAGCACACAAUGUGCCUGUUGACUAGGAAUCAUCACAAUCAGUAAGAGCCCUUUCACACUGGAGGCGUUUUCACGCUAAAAGUAGCGCAUGAAAAAUGCCUCAUCUGCAAUCCCAAUGUGAAAGCCUGAGUGCUUUCACACUGGGGUGCUGCACUGGCAGUACGUCAAAAGUCCUGCAAGCAGCUUCUUUGUGGCGCUUUAGGAGCGGUGUAUACACCGCUCCUAAAGCCCCCCUGCCCAUUUGGCCACUAAAAGCAUCCUGCUAUUGGCUGAAAAGCAUCUCUAUAACGGUAAAGCGCUGCUAAAACUACCUUUACUGCCGACGCCCCCAUGCUGUCAGUGUGAAAGGGCUCUUGCACUCAUUGGAUCAUAUUCUAUUCUGAAUUCCUUGUAAAAUUAUUGGCAUCACACUUCUAAAAAGUGGCCCCCUCCUAACAAAUUGUCUUUCUGCAGUGUGUAUAGACAGAGCCACUCUAACAAACUUGUGCUCUCCACUAAAUUACGUAUGUCAGAGGGCAUACCUGUGGUGCAUGUUGUUUAACGCUUAAGACUGUCAUGGGAGUUUACAGUGCGAUUUAGUCCAAGUGGGUUUAUUCUAGCUGUUGGCAUAGAGAAGCGGGUGUUGGCUAUUAUAAAUAACCAGCUGUUUAAAAAGUGCAGAUCUAGCUGGUUUUCAUAUAGGGGAUUGUACUGCUUCAUGCUAUUUCAUCACCAUAGGUUGUGAAAACCAAAGACUUGCUUCAGUGCUGCUGCUUAACUCUUGAAGAGUCCCUGUUUCACCUUCCUGAAGGACAGCUAAGUUGGAGUAGGACGUUGUGAAGAAAGGAAAACUGUUCCUCUUUUCCCCUCAGCAUUAACAUUGCUAAACAAUAUCACUGUCUUUGUUGUCCUGAUGUUCACCACUCCAACAACAGAGGGGUUAUGUGAACUUAUGUUGAAAUGGAAAUAUGUACUACUGACUAAAGCCCAACUCCAAGCAACUUUUUUCAGUUUGUGGUUGAGUGGAGAGGGGUUGGUACCCCUGUUUGUUUUUGUAUUGCUGUCUGCCCCCCACUUUGGAUAUUUCUCCUCACUUCCUGUGUCAUCGCUAGUGACCACAUAUAGUUAAAGAAAUAUCCUAAAGAGGGACACGGGUAGUAAUAAAAACAAUGGCAGGGAUUCUAACUUUUUACUAGUCUACUUGUGCUCUACUCUACAGUGCUUUCAUAGCUGUCUGUGUCCCCUUUGGAGACUUCUGCUCAUUUCAUGUUCAGAUUGAAAUGAAGGAAAAUCUCCUUAAUGGGAACAUAGCAAUAAAAAAUACUUACAAAUCUCUCUUAUCUUCUUCUCUUUUUAAAGAAAGAAAAGUUUGGCUGGAGUUGAGCUUUAAUAAUUCUUUGCAGGGGAGCUACUCAUAAGAUCGAUCCCUGUCCAAUAAAAUUCCCAUACUGGGUGCUCUUGUAUAUCUAGUCAAAAGAUUUUCUCAACUCCAGAUCAAUAGUUUAUUUUAAACUUUUUGUACAUUGGAAGAGAUUAUAGGUGGCUUGGGGUGUGCUAGAGUGCCAUUCCUACCAGUAAACAGUGGCAAAGACUUAACUUUUUCACUGCCAGGUGUUUGCUCGGCAGAGUCCGGCGGUGUCUUGCAGACCUGCCAGAACAAAAACUUUAGGCUCCUAAAAGAUGCUAGUUGACAGAAUUCUGGAGCUGCUGCCUCCAGCAGAGAAAAGGUUAAUCCUCCAUAAAUAAACCACUGUUUGGAAGCUAGUCUUGACAAAUAUUUUCUUUUAUUUCCCUUUGUACAUGACCUGCUGAAUUUCGGUACAGCAAUUUUGUAGCUAACUUAUUUUUGUCAUGCACAUAUUGUACACUUGUUAUGCACUAAUUUUAUAUAUCUUAUGUUUCCAGCAGUGAGCGUUUAGGCCCACUUUUCACUGGCGGGAUAUCUCUUUAUGCAAUACCUCAAUUUUUCAUAUUGCAAAGAGUAGCUUUUUGUACUUUUAUUACGGAGAGAUCUUCAUAUAACUUCAUUUUUUAAGAUAAAUAAUUUUAAUAAAUUUUUAUUUUCUUAUAUUCUGCUUUUUAUACAUUUCAGUGCUCUGCAUACAUUUUGAGCGAUGGAUGUGGUGCACUGGUAAUGCUACUUCAGAACCUGCAGAGAUUAAAAAAAAAGUAAAAACAAAAAAAAAAUAAACAAAAAAAGCACGUGGUUUCAAAUAGUCUAGCCCAAAACCAAACAUUUGGUGCAUAUUUCAUUUCAAAUUUUAUUAGGAAAAGCAAAAAAAAGUGAAUAGAAACCGCAUGAACGUGACAAUAUAAUCUCGUUGUUUAGUCCCUUGGAAAAAAAAAAAUAAACAAAAAUGUAGCAUAGAAAAUAAAAAGAUUAAAUAACAAAUUAAAAUGUAUUCUGCUUCAUACGUCUCAUUUUUUAAGAAAUUAAAAUAUCUAUAUAUAUAUAAAUAUAUAUAAAUAUCUAUAUAUAUACACAGUUGCAGACUUUUUGGUGAAUGUUUAGCCAUUUUACAUAUUAACAAAAUUAAUGUUAGGUGUUUAUGAUGCAGCCAUGUCUGCGAUUUUAAGAAAAAAAAAUGUUUAAGUGGGGAAAAAAAUCCAAGAAAUAAAACCAUACCUUCUGGUUCCAGAUGUAUAAUGUUAGUAUGCAUGACUAAUAUAAAGAAAACAAAUUGUUACUACUAAUAUUCACUUGUUGUUAUUGUGUGAAAAGCGUGUUUACAGAUGACUUGAUAACACUUUACUUUACGGAGCUUAAAGUACCAUAGACUUUUACUCUGUGCCCUCAGAGUAGUGGUUUUAUGGAGUCAUGGCUUUAGUAUAAUGUAUGCUAGUAGAUAAUCGAUUUGCCUUUUCAGGCCCAUAGUUGAUACCUCAUCUAUUGGCUGGGAAGAAGCAUGUGAUGUAUAGCCUAAGUCCUUGUCUUUUCACAUGCCAAGUUUUUUGGUUUCCUCUAAUUUGCAUUCUUCGGAAUGAGGCUUUGUAGCUGUGAGUGCAGUGCUGCUAACUUCAGCUGUAAGGCAGUUCAAGCAUCACAUCCCAGGGUGUUAAUAUGGCUAUUUUCUGCACUGUAAAACAAAAACGCAUUGCUUAUUAUUUUGAACGUGGUGAAAACCCUCACUGCCCAAUGCUUUGGCCUAGUAUAUACUUCUCCAUACACAGACCUCUGCAUAAAGCAGGUUAAAAAAAAAAUGUUUGCAGUGAACGACUGGCAUUUAAUAAGAAAUGCUGUUGGAAAGACUUGAUAAUCCCACCUUUUUUAAGUUUAUUUUUUUUAUUUUUUAUUGUUUUGAAGCAUUAAGCCUUCUGUUUUAAAAGGUGAUUUAAAACUUGAAUGUGAUAAUAAAUUAUGGCAAGUUGAACUUCAAGUUAUGUGCAAUACUUAUCUCUGACUUUUGAAAGAUCUUUGCAGUGUAAUUCUUCAUUGUUUUUAAUUGCAGGCAUUUAAAAAAAAGAUGUUUUCUACUGUUCUAGUACUCCUCUUUCUUGCUGGUGUUUGUAAAGAAAAGAAAUCAGAAAUCAAUCUUUCUACUAAUGUAAAACUGAGAUUAUUUUUUAAAAAAAUGGAAUAAGAGGUUUUGGUCAUUGGCGUUAUUUUGUUACCUUCUUUUUACCUCUGGCGUUCCGGAAGAGCCCGAGACUCCAGACUCUGGCCCUUCCAGGUGUUCCGGGUUUAAAGCUACUGUGAUUGAUAACAUUGUAAGAAUUGGGACAAUAUUUUAUUCAACUGUUUUAUUUUUUAUAUUUUUAAAUUUGAAAGCAUAAUUAGUUUUUAUAAUUUUCAUCAGAUUCCUUUGUUAUAUUUUUUUGGAAGUGAACUUAUUAACAAGUGGGUGUCUAGUUUUUACUAAUCCCUAAUGUUAUCUUCUUUUUCCAGUGUAUUGCUCAUUUAUCAGAAGGAAAAGUUAUUUAAAUAUGUCAGUUAAUUGUACCACUUGGCUGAAUUUACACAUAGUUUUUACUGUGUAUGGGGAGGUUGUAGUAUUUAUUAUAGCAUUUUAAAUAAAGGUAAUUCAUUUUUUAUUGAAGUCAUUUUCACGUUUUAAGUUCAUAUUUUUGUAUGUUCUACUCUAAUUAAGUUAUAUAACACAAGUUCCUUUUUUAAAGAGUUCAUUUGUUGAAGUGCUAGUGAAAAAUUAAUGUUAUUAAAUAGUUUGCAAAUGACUAUUUAUACCAGUAUGCAUAUAAUUUUUAAAUAUUUGUAAUGUGAGAUGUUGAAUGAAUAAAACUUUUAACUCUAAA